UGAGUUGGAGUGAGAGAUGAGAAAGCAUAAUAAAUAAGCCUGAAACAAAGUAUCCACACUUUAAACUCAAACCAACCAAACCCCUUCUCUUUCUUUCUCUUUCUCUGCAACACUUUCGGAGGGAAACACUAUAAAAAAAAGCAGCUUGGUUUUUACCGAAACAACACAACAAGAGUCAACAGUCAACACACUACUCUUCACACUUCACACACAAAAGAAAAUGUUCGCUGAAGAGAAUGGCCUCAAGGGAGACCCAAGGCUUCAAGCCAUUUCUCAAGCCAUCAGAGUCGUUCCUCACUUCCCCAAGCAAGGAAUAAUGUUUCAGGACAUAACGACAUUGUUGUUGGAUCACAAGGCGUUUAAGGACACGGUCGACAUUUUUGUCGAUCGUUACAGAGACAUGCACAUUUCCGUUGUUGCCGGAGUGGAAGCUAGGGGAUUCUUGUUUGGUCCCUCAAUUGCAUUGGGGAUUGGUGCAAAAUUUGUUCCUUUACGCAAACCAAGGAAGCUGCCAGGCGAAGUAAUAUCAGAAAAGUAUUCUCUAGAAUACGGAACUGAUUGUUUGGAGUUACAUGUUGGUGCUGUCCAGCCGGGUGAACGAGCCAUAGUUAUCGAUGACUUGGUGGCCACAGGUGGAACUCUCUCGGCAGCAAUAAGACUUCUAGAACGUUCUGGUGCUGAAGUAGUGGAAUGUGCUUGUGUGAUCGGUGUGCCGGAUGUUAAGGGACACUGUAGGCUUAUCGGAAAACCACUCUACGUCCUCGUUGAGCCACGUGAAGUAGAUAAAUGUUCCAGAGGUAGUACAUGCGUAAAUACCAAGUCAUUCGAUUGCGUGUCACAUCAAGGUUGGGGUGGAUAAGAAGGUAAAAGUAGUCAAGAAAACAAUGGCUAAUGUGAGUAUGUGACAUGUCAAUAUCGGAUCAAGUAAUGACUUGGAUAACAUAAAUUCGUUUUCCAACUUUAUGUUACUAUUACUAUCGAAAAUUCAAUAUCCACGAUAAAAAGUAAAAAAAAAAAAAAUCAAUAUCACUACAUUUUAUU